AUGCAUAAAGAUAACAUAAGAAGUUCAAAUAGUAUUGAAAGUGAACAAAUAUAUGGAGAUGAGCAAAAUAAAAAGAUGAACAAAUCUGAAAGUUAUGAUUCAGACAGUAAUAAAUCAAAAAAAAGUACCUUAUCAGAAUCUUCAAGUGAAGGAGAAAUAAAAAAUAAUAAUUUGAAAAAAAAAAAAGGAUCUCACAAUAAUCGAAAACACCCAUACGAUAAAAGAGAAAUAUCUUGUGAAAGAACAAGUCGAAUUGAUAGGAAAAAAAAAAGGGAUAGAAGUAUAGAAUAUAGUAAAAAAUACGCUAACAAUAAAUUAAACAAACAUAGUAGAGAUCGCUCAUAUAGUGAUGAGAGUUCCGACAGUCAAAGCAUAGGAAAACGGUAUAGUAAUAAUAGUAGCAGUGAUAGUGAUUAUAAUGGGCAUAAAAAACGACGUGUUAGGCACAAGCAUUCUAAUAGUAGCGAAAGAGAAACAGAUAAUCAUUUUGAUUAUGAACAUUGGAAUGAUAGGAGGGAUAAAUAUAAAAAAGAAAAACGUGAUGAGAGAAAAAUAAACAUAAGAGAUAGACAUGAUAGGGGAAUGAAGGAAAAAUAUGAUUAUAAAUAUAAACGAUUUGAAAAAGAAAAUCGUAGUAAAAAUAAUUAUAAAGAUAGGAGUCAUUCAAAAAAUAGAUAUAAUAAUUUUUAUGAUGAUAAUAAAAAGCGUGAAAAAGAUAGUAAACAUAAAUACAGGAAAUAUGAUGAUAAUGUAUCAAAACAUGAUAAAAGAAAAGGUGAUCGAUAUGAUAAUAGUAGCGAUGAAUAUGUUCGAAAAGAAAAAAAAAAAAGUUUCAAGGACAGCAAUGAUGAAUAUAACAAAACAGAAUAUUAUGAAAACAAUGAUAAUAUAAAAAACGAUAAAGAAAUAGAAAAAUCAAAUGAAGAAAAAAAUAUAACUUCUGAUAAUAAUGUUCGAGAAGGACAAAAUUUCAAUCCAUCAGGUUUGUUAGCACAAAGCAAAGAUUAUAAAAAUGGUGUGGAAUUGAAAUAUACAGAAAGCAUAGAUUCUGAAAUGCCAGACAAAAAAUGGAGAUUAUACGUAUUUUUAAAUACCGCCACAGAAGAACCUCAUGAAAUAUUGCGUAUUCAUGAGAAGCCCUACUAUUUAAUUGGGAAAGACGAAUUAGUAGCAGAUAUAAUAUUAAGGAAUAUGAGUAUAUCAAAGCAGCAUGCUGUUAUUCAAUUUAAGAAACAUGAAAAUAAAAUUUUGCCUUUCCUUAUUGAUCUGAAUAGUACAAAUGGAUCAUAUUUGAAUAACGAGAAAAUUGACCCAAAUAAAUUUUACGAAUUAAGAGAAACCGAUCUUUUGAGAUUUGGAAGUUCAGGAAGGGAAUAUGUUUUACUUUAUGAUUCAUAUGAAGCGCCCACAAAUGAAUAA